AUGCCUCCGAAACGGUCGAAAGUCUCCAAAUCUCGCAGCAGACGGCCCCCCAAGGCUAGGGCAAGUGAUCAAGAACCAUGCGAGCAGGAGGAAAAUGCGAGGUCAGGCUCUCAGAAGCUUUUCAUCAAGCUUCCGGCACCCACGCUUGCUAAAUCCGACCCGAUCGAGCUGUCCAGUGAUAGAGACUCGAGCUCGAGUGACGAGGACCAUCAGCACCGCGAGGAUGUUCUUGUGCAACGUGAAGAGGAGGAGGAGGAGGAGGAAGAAGAAGAAGAGAAGGAGGAGGAAGAGGGGGAUCCGUUCUCCGAGUCUCCAUUCAAUUGGGACCUGGAAGAGACUGGCGGUGCCACGCCAUGGCCGAACUCGGAGCUCGAGGUUCCAAUCACGCCUAUCGCAGUCCGUCGUACGUCUACAACUUUAGGACGUGGUAAACAGCCUCCGGUCCCGCGUGGUGAUGAUGUAGAAGAGCAGGCAUUCAAUGUCUACUACGAGAUUGUGGUGCCAGCCUCGUCUGGGACACGUGUCAGGGGAAGGUCGCAAAAUCCCAAGGAGAAAGAAACCAUCCAUCACGAUGGCCCCGCGGAAAUUCCCAUGGACUUCUCGUGGGAGGCAUUUCUUGCACGAACUGCAGACACGAUCGAGGGAGUUGGUUCCGUCGAUCAACUCCCAAUCUCAUCGUUCAUGUGGAGAUUUGUCAGACCGAAGAAUGCUCCCUUCCUCCCACUCAGCAAACCCGAGGGCUAUCGAGCAAUGCUUGCGCAGUUUGACGGCAAGAAGCCUUCGCAAUGUAAUAUCUUCGUUCGCAUGGCAAAGCCAAAGAGAGACAAACCUGAUACUCCUACUUGGGCCGCCAAGGCGGAUGAUAGCAGUUCACCAAGUGACGAAGGUGAUGCAGACUUAGACCGGAAGAGCAUACUUAGCAGGGGAAGAAAGGAUGAACCUAUCGAGCAUUAUGCGCAGAGGAUCCUCGAGACAUGGCAUAUUGGAAAGUGCAAAGAACAUCCCAAGAUUCCAUGCUUCUUUGGUCACGAAUCACAGCUUCACUUUGACUUGAAGGAGCCGGCACGCCUUGCGUGGGCAGCACAGAUUGUACGAGGCGAGGCCUCGAUUGUAUGUCCAAAGAUUCCGUCUGCUACAUUCAAUGUCCGGACUGCCUUGAAGAAGUCUGCUGUAUCUGCUGCGCCGGAACCAUCUACCUCCAUGCAGCCAUCUACGCCGACGCCAGGUCAACCAUACAUGUUUCCUUCAUUUGCUCCAUCUUUCCCGUUCAUGCCGAUGCCAUUCCCAUAUUCACCUGGCUUUGCGCCCCAUUCUAGUUACCCGAGCGGCAGCGGAUUCGUGACUCCACAGCUCCGUAACAAGCGAUCGUUUGAUGAUCGGGAAUCUUCACCGGUAAUGGAUCCAGUGUCGCUGGAAGAAUUUUGCGCAGAGUAUCGUCUAUCAUCAACUAUCCGUGAUCGGCUUGAGCGGAUGGAAUUUCAGCCUGGAAUGAGUUUGGCUCAGAUUACGGAGGAUGAUUGGAAGGAGAAAGGAUUUGAGAAGCUUGGGUGGGGAAGUGUUGUUCGGGCAAACAUGAAGUACAAGGAGAAAAUGAAUAGCGCGUAG